CUUGCUCCUUGCCUCCUAUGAAAGACCAAGCUUCAUUUUAUUCUUUUCUUUCUUUUCCUUAUUUUUCCGUGUCCUUCUUAUUCUCCACGCUACCUCCCCACUCCACUCCCGGCCCCAAAUCCAACGCAUUGCUUAGCACUCCUCCCAUUGGUUUCUUCCCUCCCCCCGCCUUCGACUCCUGCUCCCACUGUCCCCUACCCUCCCCCAGCCGCACAACCCCCACCUCCAGCACCCAUCUCGCCCGAGGCAGGGGAUGCCAUGGAAAUAAAGUUCAGACUCCUCUCUUUGCCGCUUGCCGAGACCAGAAGUGGGCUCCUGGGCACCCAUCUUCCCCUAGCACUACACACCUGCUAGACCUUACAUUCCUAAUCUGGUUUUGCAUAUUUAAGAGAAGACACACACACACGCACCCCCAAACCCCACAACCCGCGAGGUGCAAAGCUGCCUCCUGCAACUACCGAAACUUACCAGACGCUUUCGUUGCUUUUGCCUUAAAGAAAGAACAACAAAGAUUUUACUCUGGCUUCCUCCUGUGGGGUGACUUUACUAUAUUAUUCAAAUACGUAUAUAUUAUGGAUAUAUAUGUUUUUUCUUUUUUCCCCUUUAAUUUUUUUUUCCUUUAACAAGAAAAUCUCGGUCCCAGGCAACCGCUGCUGCCCCUUUGAUGUUUUGGUACGCCGUGCGCAUGCGCCUCACAUUAGAAUUACUGCACUGGGCAGACUAAGUUGGAUCUCCUCUCUUCAGUGAAACCCUCAAUCCCAUCCAAAACUAAAGGGAUGUGGAGAGUCCGGAAAAAGGGCUACUUUGGGAUUUGGUCAUUCCCCUUAAUAAUCGCCGCUGUCUGUGCGCAGAGUGUCAAUGACCCUAGUAAUAUGUCGCUGGUUAAAGAGACGGUGGAUAGACUCCUGAAAGGCUAUGAUAUUCGGCUGAGACCAGAUUUUGGAGGUCCCCCGGUGGCCGUGGGAAUGAAUAUUGACAUUGCCAGCAUUGAUAUGGUUUCUGAAGUCAAUAUGGAUUAUACCUUGACAAUGUACUUCCAGCAAGCUUGGAGAGAUAAGAGGCUGUCCUAUAAUGUAAUACCUUUAAACUUGACUCUGGACAAUAGAGUGGCAGACCAGCUCUGGGUGCCCGAUACGUACUUCCUGAAUGAUAAGAAGUCGUUUGUGCACGGGGUGACCGUCAAGAACCGCAUGAUCCGCCUGCAUCCAGAUGGGACAGUCCUUUAUGGCCUCAGAAUCACAACCACAGCUGCCUGCAUGAUGGACUUAAGGCGGUACCCACUGGAUGAACAAAACUGCACCUUGGAAAUUGAAAGCUAUGGAUAUACAACUGAUGACAUUGAGUUUUACUGGCGUGGGGAUGAUAAUGCAGUGACAGGAGUGACAAAGAUUGAACUUCCACAGUUCUCCAUCGUAGAUUACAAACUCAUCACCAAGAAGGUUGUUUUUUCCACAGGUUUGUAUCGUGGGAAAUGGUUAAGAGAAAAGAGGCGUCAUCAUAUUUUUGUCAGAAGUGUUCACCUCUUUCAGGAUUGGGUCCUAGGGAAGGACAGUGACUCCAGAUGCAAACCCUCAGUUCCCUAUCAAGCCCGUUUGGAACCCGUCCAGUUAUUUUCCAGGAGGCACUCUCCAGCAAAUCCAGGAAUUACAACUGUGCUAACAAUGACCACGAUCAAUACACACCUCCGGGAGACACUCCCCAAGAUCCCCUACGUGAAGGCCAUUGACAUGUACCUGAUGGGGUGCUUUGUCUUUGUCUUCAUGGCCCUUCUGGAAUACGCUUUGGUCAACUACAUCUUCUUCGGGAGGGGGCCUCAACGCCAAAAGAAAGCAGCUGAAAAGGCUGCUAGUGCCAACAAUGAGAAGAUGCGCCUGGAUGUCAACAAGAUUUUUUAUAAAGAUAUUAAACAAAAUGGGACCCAAUAUCGAUCCUUGUGGGACCCAACUGGAAACCUCUCCCCAACUAGACGGACUACCAAUUACGAUUUCUCUCUGUAUACGAUGGACCCCCAUGAGAACAUCUUACUGAGCACUCUCGAGAUAAAGAAUGAAAUGGCCACCUCCGAGGCCGUGAUAGGACUCGGAGACCCCAGGAGCACCAUGCUGGCCUACGAUGCCUCCAGCAUUCAGUAUCGGAAAGCCGGGUUGCCCAGGCAUAGUUUUGGCCGCAAUGCCCUGGAGCGGCACGUGGCCCAGAAGAAGAGCCGCCUGCGGAGACGCGCCUCCCAGCUGAAAAUCACCAUCCCCGACUUGACUGAUGUGAACGCCAUAGACCGGUGGUCCCGCAUCUUCUUCCCAGUGGUUUUCUCCUUCUUCAACAUCGUCUAUUGGCUUUAUUAUGUGAACUAAAACAUGGCCUCCCGUGGGAAGCAAGGACUAGACUCCUCCUUAAACCAGUUGUCCAGCCUGACGUAGAACGUGGAAAACACAUCAAUCCAGGACAAAAGUGAUGCUAAAAUACCUUAGUUGCUGGCCUAUCCUGUGGUCCAUUUCAUACCAUUUGGGUUGCUUCUGCUAAGUCAUGGAGACACUAAGGUCCUUGUGGUUUUCCAGUUAAAAAAUGCGAGCGAUUUGUACACGUGCUGGCAAGACUGAGUCUGAGUGUUCCACUUUAUCUGCUUAGUCCACAGCCUGUACCGAGGGGAAUCACUGAGAAGAUAUUCUAGAAGGCUUAGUAGCAUCCUCAGUCAUUUUGCUGAGAAGUGGUCGUACCCAGGGACUCCCCAUCUUCAUCCCCCAAGGUUGGCAUGCUCUUGAGAUGGCUCUGUGCGUGUGGAGCAUGGUCUGCGGUGCCAUGCAGACAUGCUUACUGAAGAUGGUCUGUGUCUGUCUUAUUAAGAUGACCAUGGUGCCACGGGAAGUUAAUUCCCACCGGACUCUAGAAGGUUCUUGUGUAAUUCAAACAGGAUAGGGAGAGUCAAGACAGAGACUCAGGAAACCUGUUUGGCCAGUCUCUUAUUUGCUUGAGAAUGAGACUCAACUACAACGUCUUCCAUUUUGACAUUUAGAGACGGGGAGACUCCUGAACGUUGUCACACGUGGUAGCCAAAGACAUUUUUCUAAAAGGCUAUUUCCUAGGCGGUUAAAAUGAGAGUUAAUAACCCAGUGCAGAGUGGAAUUCCAGACGCGACUGUUGUGACAAAAUUAAAGCAAGGGAGCAACACGACCCUUACCAACCCCUUGCAGCAUGUGGUCUGCGCUAGUGCGUUCAGUGGCAGAAGGGAGCGAGAGAGAGGGCUUUUUCCUCCAAAUGCACAAGCUUCUGACAGCAUACCUAAAGAGGCUUUUCUAGUUUAUCUCAUCAAAAGACAGCCCUAAAAUAGAAAAGUUAGCGGAAUUAGAAGUAUCUUAGGUUACACUGGGAGUCGUUCAAAUAUGUGAAUACACAGCACAGACAAAGCUAGCAAGCAGGAGGCGUCUCAGUCUGAGCUCUCUCUGCAACAUUUUCCUACAGUUUAUUUCCGAAUUUAAUAGGAUAUUUCUACAGAAGGAUUUGUUCGUUUCUUUAGAGGAUUCCUGGUCUUUUCCAGUUUUUCAUGCGUCUGAAAUUCUGAUUAUAUUCUUAGGAGCCAGGUAAAGUAAGGCUUUGGAGAGACUGAGAGAACCAUCUUUCCUCAUAGGCAGUGACGUUCACCUAUAUUAUCUUCCAUAGCAAACAGGACUGCAGAGAUUAUGUGCACAAAUGGAGUUAGUUUGUGAGUUUGUCAGGUCUGAUUUUUUAAGAGUGCUUUCGUUGUGUGUGUUGCAAUCUGCCUAAU